AGCUCGUCCUGCGAAAGAACAGUGAUGUGCUGGAAUGUGUGGAGACUUGCACUUCCUUGAACAAACGCUCUAGAACAAGAAGUUUUGAAAUCCCGAUCUACAAAAAUCGCCGAAAAGCAACAGACCAUCUCGAUCGCUGACCCAGCAUGGCGGCGGAGGCGGUCUUCCCCGUGACUGUGGGCGUGUUCCAUGGAGGCGUCGGCCUGGAGGAGGAGGAGGGGCCUAAUGCCGACCUGCCCGCCCCCCAGCUGGUGAUGCUGGCCAAUGUGGCGCUGACAUCGGACGGAAUGGGCGGAGUUUGUGACGGAAUGGGCGGAGCCGGCGAGGAGCGGCAGAUGGCCGAGCUGCAACCCGUGGCAACCAGCUACAGCAGCGACAGCGAGGAGGAGGAUGAUGACGCACUCCUGCAACGCUACGGCUCUUACGAACACACACACUCCUACACGGAGCAGCCGCAGCCUCAAACACACACACAGACACACGCCUCAGAGAAGAAUGGGGCCGCGGGAGAGGAGGAGGAGGAAGACGAUGAGGAAGAGGAUGAUGAUGUGGGCGGGGCUGAAGAUCUCUCCACCUCUAAAGCUCCUCCCCCAAAGGCAGCAGCUGCACAGACUUUCUUGAGGCGCAGGCCUUGCCCUGUGCUCCAGGUGGCACUGCCUGUGGCGGAGGGCAAGAAGCGUAAGCCGUUCCACUGCAAGCCGUGCCAGUACCAGGCUCAGAGCGAGGAGGACUUCAUCCACCACAUCCGGCUCCACAGCGCCAAGAAGCUCAUCGUCGUCAACGGCGCCAGCGGGGCGGAGGAGCCCGCCAGCGAUGCCGUCGCCUCGGCAACCGCCUCCGGACCGGCGCCUGCCCCUGAUGCGGAGGGGGAGGAGUCGGAGGGGAUGGCCAAUGGGAAGGGAGUGAUCCGCUGCGAGAGGUGUGGCUACAACACCAACCGCUACGACCACUACAUGGCCCAUCUGAAGCACCACAACAAGGAGGGCAACGAGCAGCGCGUCUACAAGUGCACUAUCUGCUCGUACACCACAGUGAGUGGGUACCACUGGAAGAAGCACCUGCGUAAUCACUUCCCCAGCAAGCUGUUCACCUGCAACCAGUGCUGCUACUUCUCUGAUCGCAAGAACAACUACGUCCAGCACAUCCGCACACACACCGGUGAGCGUCCGUUCCGUUGUCCGUACUGUGAGUACUCCAGCUCCCAGAAGACACACCUGACCCGCCACAUGAGGACACACUCAGGUGAGCGCCCGUUCAAGUGCGACAGCUGCAGCUACCUGGCGGCCAAUCAGCACGAGGUGACGCGCCACGCGCGGCAGGUGCACAACGGGCCGAAGCCGCUGAGCUGCCCGUACUGCCAGUACAAGACGGCCGACCGCAGCAAUUUCAAGAAGCACGUGGAGCUGCACGUCAACCCGCGCCAGUUCCUGUGCCCCGUCUGCAAGUACGCCGCCUCCAAGAAGUGCAACCUGCAGUACCACAUCAAGUCGCGCCACCCGGGCUGCCAGGACAUCACCAUGGACGUGUCAAAGGUCAAGCUCAAGAAGGUCCGCAAGGGCGACGACGACGAUGCAGCGCUCGCUGACUCCACCCCGGAGACCUCGCCGGUGUCGGCCAGGCCGCCCUACGCCUCCUCCACGGUCCGGCUGCACCUGUCGGAGGUGAGCAGGGCGAGCGUGGAGGCCGAGGCCAGCGCGGGGCCCAUCAACCUGUCCACCAAGAGGAGCCGCGACGCAGACGAGCCCUCUAGUGAGCGCAAGCGGAACUGCAAGAAGGAGAAGAGCGCCAAGAAGACGCGCGGCAGGAGUGAGACGGCGAGAGAGAGCGCGAACCGAGCGGAGGAGAAGAAAGAGAAGGAGAAGAAAGAGGAGAAGAAGAGAGUGGUGAAGAAGGGGGAGAGCGACGUGAAACUGACCCCUAAACGAGAGAAGGGAGGAGCGAAAAGGACGAGGGAUGAGGAGGUGGAGAGAGAGAAGGGAGCGGAGGAGGGGAGCGCGAGGAGAGGAGAGCAGCAGGAGAAACAGAGGGAUGGGGUGAUGAGUCCCAAGAAGGAGGAGAAGAAGACUCCGAGGAGGCCCGCCAAGCGCCCGCCCAAAUCCCAGCAGAGCCCCGCCUCUCAGCCCAGCUCAGCCAAUCAGACAAGCUCUGCUGCAAGCCCCGCCCCUCAGACCAGCCCAGCCAAUCAGGCGAGCCUGGCCCCUGCUGCAAGCCCCGCCCAGGUUGACGUUGGCAAGUCGGCUGACAUCUCCAUGGGAACCAAGAGGAAGGCGGCAAAGAGGAAGCAGCCCAAGCCCAAAUCUGAGUUGUCAGAAACACACACACACACCCCCACACACACCAGCCCAGCCAAACCCAAACGCAGGAAAACGGAGCUGCCGCCGGCGCAAAACCCGCCCCCCUCCUGUGACACACCCCCUCCCACCCCUGACCAGCUGAAGUCCGCCCCCCUCAGCGCCAUGGCAUCCCUCCCCCACGCCGACGCCAAGGCCAAAGGCACGGCCAGCGACGCCCCCAACACCACCCAGGUGCUGCGAGAGGAGAAGCAGGCGGAGACGGAGAUGGAUCAAACCCCGCCCACCCCGACCUCUCCCCCCUGCCACUUUGGGCCCGCCCCUGCACUGGGAUUGGCUCUCGACUGCUCCGCCCCUGGACGGAACUCUGUGAAGGAGGGAAAGAAAGAGGAAGAGCAACGCCAGACUUACGUAGUGGAAUGCCAGACUGCCACAGACAAGCAUCAGAUUAACACAGACAAGCCCAAGACAGUCACAGACAAACUCAAGACGGUCACAGACAAGCCCAAGACGGUCACAGUCGCAGACAAGCCCAAGACGGUCACAGUCACAAACAAACCCAAGACAGUCACAGACAAGCCCAAGACGGUCACAGUCGCAGACAAGCCCAAGACGGUCACAGUCACAGACAAGCCCAAGACGGUCACAGUCACAGACAAACCCAAGACGGUCACAGUCACAGACAAACCCAAGACAGUCACAGACAAGCCCAAGACAGUCACAGACAAACCCAAACCCAAGACAGUCACAGACAAACCCAAGACAAUCACAGACAACCCCAAGACAGUGACUGAGAAACGGCAGACUAUCAAGGAUAAAUAUCAGAUUAAUCCAGACAAACCCAACACUGCCACAGACAAACUCAAGACAGUUCUACAGAACCCCCAGGCUACUGUAGACAAGACUGGUCCAGGCCACAGCCCGGUCCCUUCAUCCCAACCUGUUGCUGUCCAGGGCCCGGUCCCCACACCUGAACCUGGUGCUGUCCGGGGCCCGGUCCCCACACCUGAACCCCCAUCUCCUGAGCAGGAUGUCCAGAAUUCAGCAGACAAGCUGCACAUGCCGGCAGACAAACUCAAGAUUCCAAUUUUCCAUUGUGAGACCUCGACUAGCAGACUGCACAUCACUGCAGACAAGAUCAGGAUCCCCAAGGACCAGCUGCAGCUUCCUAAAGACAUCAAGACCGACUCAGCUGCCCAGCACCUCCAGACCCGCACCGACCAGCAGCAGCUUCCUAAAGAGCACAAGACCAAGGCUCCCGCCCAACGCCUCCAGCUGCAGCUUCCCAAAGACAACAAGGCCGAUUUGGUCGCCCAACGCCUCCAGACCCCUAGAGAUGUCUCAGACGCAUCUCCUAACCUGCCCCAGAGCCCUGCUCCCUUAGAGCUGCCCCAGACCCCCCCUCCCCUGCCCCAGAAGAAUCCACACCUGCCCCAGACUCCAGAACUGCCCCAGACGACGCAGCAGCCCCUUCCUGCCCCUGACGAGCUGCCAACCCCUGCGGAUAGUGUUCCGUCGUCGCCGCCGCGUCUGCUUCCUGUGCCGGCGAUGUCGGGGCCCAAGCCAGCGGAGGCGGCGGAGGAGGACGAGGGCAUACACAGCCACGAUGGAGGAAGUGAGCUCAGCGACAGCGCCUCGGAGCGCAGCGAGGACUCCGGGCUGAGAGGGGUGGGGGAGGGCAAACCGGCCGAGCCCCCCACCCCCACCGACUCGCUGCCUUCCCCGACACACUCCCUGCCCUCGCCCCCCCUCACACACACACACACCAAGACGGCCACACACACUCACACCUGCAUCUUCUGUGACCGCUCGUUUCCACAGGAGAUGGACUACCGUCGCCAUCUCAACCGUCACCUGGUCAACGUGUACUACCUGGACGCCGCCACCCCACAAGGACACCAGUGAGAUGCCCCCACAGAGGGAGAGACAAGGCGCGUGUGUGUGGGUGUGUGUCUCCAUGUUACACCUUCCCCAGUCAGAUUCAAGUCUGAUCGAGUCAGCUGAUGCUGAUUACUGCAAUAAAAGGACACACACACACACACACACACUCUCACUCCUGAUGGGUUAUUUGAUUUUUUUAAACACUUUCCAAAGACAGUUGUUUGUGUGCUUGUCCAGACAUGCUGUGUGUGUGUGUGUGUGUGUGUGUGUGUGUGUGUGUGUGUGUGUGUGUGUGUGUGUGUGUGUGUGUGUGUGUGUGUGUGUGUGUGUGUGUGUGUGUGUGUGUGUGUGUGGUUUUUGUAUUUCCACCAUCUCAUCAUUUUUAAUGAGUUGAGCUACUCGCUGCUUUGACAAUCAUUUUUUUCCCCGAUGGUGGUCUGUGGUGUCCUUUUUUGUAUCGCCUGACCAUCGCCCCCACACACACAUUCAUCAGUGCCUCCAACCCCACACACACACACAAACACACUCAUCAGUGUCUCCACCCCCCCCCACACACACACACACACUCAUCAGUGCCUCCAACCCCACACACUCCCGUACGUACACACACACACACACACACACACACACACAGACUGCCCAGCUUGCACUUCAGGAUGUUUGGUGCAAUAUUCCCUUCCUGUUUAUACCAAAGUAGAAGAUAUCGACCUUUUGAACUGUGACCUUUGACCCCGAUGUACAUGCACUCAGUAGACGGUUAGGACCCCACUUCCUCUUCAUGUGCCUCAUGCCAUCGUCUGGUCGUUUCCCCUGUAGAGACGUCUCAGCCAUGUAAAUCUGUUGUCACUCGUCUCGUGUGUUAUGUCUUGUCUUGUCUUGAGUGUUAUGUCUCGUCUUGUGUGUUAUGUCUUGUCUCAUGUGUUAUUUCUUGUCUUGUCUUGUCUUGUCUUGUCUAGUGUGUUAUGUCUCGCCUCGUGUGCUAUGUCUUGUCUUGUCUAGUGUGUUAUGUCUUGUCCCGUGUGUUAUGUCUCGUCUCGUUUGUUGUCUCUCGUCUCGUAUGUUAUGUCUCGUCUCAGCCAUGUAAAUGUGUUCUCUCGUCUCAUGUGUUCUCGUUAUCUCUCGUCUCAACAGAGUAAAUAUGUGUUAUCUCUCGUCAGCCGUGUAAAUGUGUUAUCUAACAUCUUUUUUAUUGUAUAUAUCUUCAUAUAUCCUCAUCCCCAUGGAUACCAUGUACUCUGUGUUGUGUUAGUGAUGAGUUGAGGUUUGGCCCAAUCUCUGUAGUCCCAUGGAUGGCCAAUCCUCCGCUGGCCUGGGGCUUUGCUGAUGGAGUAGCCAAUCGUUGUGCUCCUGGACCCCCCCUGGACCUAUUCCUGAUAACUGCCCCCCCUCCACCACCACCACGUCCUGCCAAGCUCAGCUCUUGUUGAUUGGCUCAUUUUGUGUAAGGUGCUCGUUGAUUGGCUUGUUUUGUGUAAGGUGAUCAUUGAUUGGCUUGUUUUGUGUAAGGUUGCUGUAUGAGAGAGCUAGCUCAAUAAAGUUGUGUAUUUUACA